UUCGACUCACCAAUUUUGCGCAGCGCACAGCAUCAGCUAUUUACCUGGGAACGUUUAUUCACGGUGUUUUACUAUGGUGCCUCUUCCACUAUCUUCCACUUUACUAUGAGUCUGUUCAAAGUUAUAGUGUUAUCAUUUUAAGAGUCGCAAUUUUCCGGGAGAUAUUCGCUGUUACCCCUGCGUAAAUUGUGGUAGCCGUACUUGUUAGCAAGCGGGUCGCGCUAUCGAUGGGCAAAUUGAGGAGCUUAGUUCUUGAGUAUGCUUGGAAUGGACUUACUCUAUCUGCUUAGUCCUCGCACAAUGGUUCCUGAAUGGUUAUUCCUAAAUCUGGCAUCGGGUUCAGCCUGGGAAUUUUCUACAGUAGGCUUACUUACGGGACACAAGCCGUGGCAGAGGAGAAGGACAUCACGUAUGCAGCCUUCAUAUACAGCUUCUGGCGCUCUUUUGGAUAGAGCAUAGGCGUCGUUAUUGGAGGUACGACCUUCGAGACACAGUUUACCAUCAAGUCGACGGCCUACUCAGCACUUGCGCACCAAGCCUCUAGCCUUGCACAAGAAGCAAGUGUGCUUGUUCA